CAGGCAGGGCAGGGGACAGCGGCCGUCCGCUGCCGUCUUCCCCGGGCACCGGAGCCGGGGUCUCCCGGGCAGGAGCUGGGACAGGCCCGCCGUCGCCCCUCGCAUUGCCGCCGCUCAGGGCCAACAACGCUUCCCACACGGUUGGAGGCAGUAAGCACACAAUGAAUGAGCACCUACAUGUUGGUAGCCAUGGACAAAACCAGGUUCAGCAACUCUUUGAAGAUAAUAGUAACAAGAGGACGGUUCUGACAACUCAGCCGAAUGGACUUACAACGCUAGGCAAAUCUGGAUUGCCAGUGGUUCAGGACAGACAGUCAGAGAGUGCCCACAGGCGACAAGGGAGCUCCAGCUCUUUAAAAUCUACAGAUGGAACAGGGAAGGCGAAAUCCUCUGUUUCCACACCAGAGCAAGCAAUGAAGCAAUACAUGCAAAAAUUAACAGCUUUUGAGCAUCAUGAGAUUUUUAGCUACCCUGAAAUAUACUUCUUGGGUCCAAAUGCAAAGAAGCGGCAAGGCGUGAUUGGUGGUUCAAACAACUGUGGGUAUGAUGAUGAUCAGGGGUCUUACAUACAAGUACCCCACGAUCACAUUGCAUACAGGUAUGAAGUGCUGAAAGUUAUAGGGAAAGGAAGCUUUGGGCAGGUGGUGAAGGCCUACGAUCACAAGAUGCAUCAGCAUGUGGCACUAAAAAUGGUGAGAAAUGAAAAACGUUUCCACCGCCAAGCUGCGGAAGAAAUUAAGAUCCUGGAACAUCUCCGGAAACAAGAUAAGGAUAACAACAUGAAUGUUAUUCACAUGUUGGAAAACUUCACAUUCCGGAGCCAUAUCUGCAUGACAUUUGAGUUGCUGAGCAUGAACCUCUAUGAAUUAAUAAAGAAAAACAAGUUUCAGGGCUUUAGCCUACCUUUGGUUCGGAAGUUUGCCCACUCAAUUUUGCAGUGCUUGGAUGCUUUGCACAAAAACAGAAUCAUUCACUGUGACCUUAAACCUGAGAACAUUCUGUUGAAACAACAGGGUAGAAGUGGUAUUAAAGUGAUUGAUUUUGGCUCAAGUUGUUACGAGCAUCAGCGUGUCUACACUUACAUUCAGUCACGGUUUUAUCGUGCACCCGAAGUCAUCCUUGGUGCUCGUUAUGGGAUGCCCAUAGAUAUGUGGAGCUUGGGCUGUAUCCUAGCAGAGCUUCUGACUGGUUAUCCACUUUUACCUGGAGAAGAUGAAGGAGACCAGCUGGCUUGUAUGAUUGAGCUAUUGGGCAUGCCUUCUCCAAAACUCUUAGAUGCAUCCAAGCGAGCAAAAAACUUUGUGAGCUCUAAGGGUUAUCCCCGCUAUUGCAGCAUCACAACCUUGUCUGAUGGCUCUGUAAUACUUAAUGGUGGACGCUCUCGGAGGGGAAAACUGCGUGGCCCGCCAGAGAGCAGAGAGUGGGGUAACGCAUUGAAGGGAUGUGAUGAUCCCCUCUUCCUUGACUUCUUAAAACAGUGUUUAGAAUGGGAUCCUGCUGUCCGUAUGACACCCAGCCAGGCUUUGCGGCAUCCCUGGCUAAGGAGACGAUUGCCAAAACCCCCUUCUGGGGAAAAGGCCUCAGCAAAGAGAAUUACAGAGAGUACUGGUGCUAUAACUUCAAUUUCCAAGUUACCUCCAACUUCAAGCUCAGCUUCAAAACUGAGGACUAAUUUGGCACAGAUGACGGAUGCCAAUGGGAAUAUUCAGCAAAGAACAGUGUUGCCAAAACUUGUUAGCUGAGUUUGAAAAACCCAAUGCUGUUAAUAUGAGAGAUACAAUGUGGCUGAGCCUUAUUUGUAUGAAAAAUUAGCUCAGAUAUGCAUUUUUAUUUGCUCAAUAAAUCUAUUCAUUUGUAUCUUUCAGCACUCAUUUUAAAUGUAAUUUAAAAUGUUAAUUUUGUUUUUAUAAAAAUACGGGGACAAUGCUUUAAGUUUUUCUACUUAUUUUUUAAAAUGUUUGUCUUCUACAGUACAAUUAGCCUUACUGUAACUAGUGUGACACAGUAAUAAACAUCAGUGGCAGGCCACUGGUUACAACA